AUGGCUGCCACGGCGCAGACCCCCCAUGGUGUCGUCGAGUUCGAUUCCGUCUCCAUCACACCCCCUCAAAGCGCCAAUGGCAAGAAGGAGGCGCCUGAAGGUGUGCCCUCGGAAUUUUCCGACCUCGAAUUAGAAUCUCGACUUGAACCGACACCAGGAGCACCACAGAUCAAACGAGAGCCAUCCGAGGACAAGGAGGCUGAGGCUCUGGAAGAUAUCGAGCCCGAUCAUUACUACGGUGGUGGGAAAAUCCCUGUGUUCAAGCCGACAAUGGAACAGUUCCAAGACUUCCAACUUUUCAUCAAGAAGAUUGACAAAUAUGGCAUGCAGGCCGGCAUCGUGAAAGUAAUUCCUCCAAAGGAAUGGUCGGAAAAACUGCCUGCUCUCGAUGAUGCUGUCAAGACGAUUCGUGUGAAGAACCCUAUCGUCCAAGAGUUCCAUGGAUCGCAUGGCACAUACACCCAGGCCAACAUAGAGCGACAGCGCACCUACAAUCUCCCCCAGUGGAAAGCUCUUUGCGAGGAAAGCAGUCACCAGCCACCCGCCCGCCGUGGAGAGCGUCGCCGAAACCAGGAACGCGUCACUAGGGCAGCGCCAACACCACGGGCUCAAGCUUCUCGCUCGGAGGCUCAGAAACGCCCUCGACCGGAUGGUCCUAAACGCCGCCCCGGUCGACCUCCCAAAAGAGUGAAAGUCAAGGAGGAGCCUGUGGAAGAGAACUCAGACAAAACCAGGCUUGAAGGACCGCCAACACCAGUCUCUCCCGAAGCGCUUCCUGUCGAGGCUAAAACCGAGGAGCUGAGCGAUGGCGAGUCCCUUCCUGCGGCCAAGCCCAAGGGAAGGCAAGCAAAGUCUGUCUCGGCUCGGCGGAAGAACAACCGCGGUGACACUGUCGAUCAUCUGGACGAAGAAAUUUUCAAGGGCUUCGACUAUCGAAUCCACGACAACGAAGACUACACUGCUGAGAGAUGUGAAGAAUUAGAGACGGCCUAUUGGAAGUCUCUUAUGUACAACAAUCCUAUGUACGGUGCCGAUAUGCCGGGCUCACUCUUUGACGAUUCUACAACCUCCUGGAAUGUUGCCAAAUUACCCAACCUGCUGGAUGUGAUUGGACAGAAAGUUCCUGGCGUCAACACGGCAUACUUGUACCUGGGCAUGUGGAAGGCGACGUUUGCAUGGCAUCUCGAGGACGUGGACCUUUACAGUAUCAAUUACAUUCACUUCGGCGCACCGAAGCAGUGGUACAGUAUCUCACAAGAAGAUGCACCAAAGUUCGAGGCAGCGAUGCGUAGCAUCUGGUCAAGCGAUGCAAAGAACUGCGACCAGUUCCUGCGCCACAAGACCUAUCUGGUCUCACCCAGCCUGCUUAAAUCGCAGUAUGGAAUCACAGUGAAUCGGCUUGUUCACUACGAAGGCGAAUUCGUCAUCACUUUCCCUUAUGGGUAUCACUCCGGUUACAACGUCGGAUACAACUGUGCUGAAUCUGUGAACUUUGCGACCGAGCGCUGGUUGGACUACGGCCGAAUUGCCAAAAAGUGCAAUUGCGAGGCUGACAGUGUGUGGAUCGAUGUGGAUGACAUUGAACGCAAACUUCGCGGAGAAGCGACUCCCGAAUACUACGGCGGCUACGAUAGUGAACUGGAGGGCAUUGAUGUGGGAGGCAUGGAUGGCGCAUCUGACAUGCUUACACCUCCGCAUAGCGUUCCGGAGAAGGCAUCUGCACGCGGGCGGAAACGUAAAAACGUGGGAGACGGCCCGCGUGCCAAAAGAGUCAAAGGCCAGUCAGAAGGCCCACACAAGACGCCCUGUCUACUGUGCCCCAACAACCUUGACUAUGAGGACCUGUUGCCCACCGAAGAUGGUAACGGUCAUGCUCACCGCCGGUGCGCUCUGUUCAUUGAAGAAACCUCCAUUCUUCGCGACGCCGCCGGAAAGGAAGUUGUGUGCGACAUUGACAAGAUCCCCAAAGCUCGACUGGGUCUUAAAUGUCUCUUCUGCCGCGAAGUCCGCGGUGCCUGCUUCCAGUGCAAUUAUGGUAAAUGCACACGGGCGUACCAUGCCACUUGUGCUCUUCUCGCCGGCGUACAGGUUGAGCAGGGCGCCCUUGGCGUCAUUGCCGAUGAUGGACAGCAAUACUCACUACCGAGUGUCGACCUCAAGUGCAAAUUUCAUCGCCAGAAACGACCCACGGGCUUGUUGGCUGAAUCUUCUGACCUGGAUCGUCGAGUCAUUGAGGCGGCCGGGCGUCUCGUCCAAGGCGACCUCAUCCAAUUCCAGGCCGACAAGGAGAUUAACGGAGCCAUCGUGCUGGAGAAUCGACCUCAUGAGCGCAGUCUCCUCCUCAAGGUUUUGCCGCGAGGAGAUGUAAUCGAAAUGCCUUACCGUUGGAUGCUGGUCGUCCGAAAGAGUAACUUCGUGCCCCUCGCACCGGGCAUUCCCCCUCUCCCGAUCCACUUGGCGCGGAAGCCCGAUUCAAGAAAGGAAUUGGAGGCUGCCAUUCCCGUUGCAGGAAGCGCAUUCGGUGAUGGACGAUCUCCCUAUCAAUGGGCCGAAUUCGAGACGGUGGAUAGCACUAAGAUUCACGGUGCCCCACCCGUCCAGGUGAACUUGGACAGGACUGAGCAGGUGUGGCAUUACUUGGGCGCGCAGUCCACCGAGAGUAGGGCUCAUUAUACACACAACCCUACCGUGCCUGUCCACAACCCGCGGGCCAAUUUCCUCGACAGCAUCAAGUCGCUUGGCGUGGCUGGUGGUGUCAAUGCCCGUGCAUCGAGGAUCACCGACCCCCACCGCCGUUCAUUCCAGCAUGCUCCCACCGCUCCGACCGCUCCUGCCCCUCUCACCAAGCAAAUUUCUCACGCCCAACAUCAUCCGUCACUGCAACACCAUCAAUAUCUACGCCCGCCAACCGUGAAUGCUGCCCCUCUUGCUGCCAAACUUGCAGCACCUCGCCUUGACUCUUGCUCUUCCACGACCUCCUCCGCCGCCGCCGCCGCCGCCGCCGCUGCUGCCGCCGGCUUCUCUCCGUCCGCCAAUCUAUCCCAUUCCUCUGCGUCGCUGUCCCGACCGCCUCCGUCUGCGACCGCCUCCGUCUCUCCCGCAUCUUCCUUGCAGCCACUUGCCCCUCCCCCUCCCCCUGCACCUACCGCUGCUACUGCUGCUCCUAACGGUGCUGCUGCUGCUGGACCUGCGAUGCCGUCGGCCUUUCGAACUUUGCCGAACCAAUCUGCCCGCCAUGCCCCUUAUCCCGCGGUCGCCAAAUCGCAUGGUCAGCAGCAGCACCACCACCUUACUUCCGCCAAUACCUAUGCCAAUGUCCGUGACCUCAUCGCACGCCGUCGCCUUGCCCAGAUCACCGAACAUAUUAAUGUGUUCGCCGGUUACACAAUCGUCAGUCCGGAGUUAGUGGUGGAGACCCUGUUGGGCCCGAUGGGAUCGAUCCCUCCGCUCAAUGGACUCGAGAAACUCGAACUGGCGAUGGCCCAGCAACGGGUGCAACCGCGAGCUGCCGACGGGACGUUGCUGCCGCCCCAGACUCUGAACAUGGGUGCCGAUGAAGUCAUGCGUCUGCUUCAGAUGCUCCGAUUCUCCUUGGUGAGUCAUCGUGAGCGUCUGGAUGUCAUCCAGAAAAAGGAGGCCGAGGGGGCCAAGCAAGAGAUGGUUGAUCAAGGGUGUGUGGCUGCGGCUCGCAUGCCCGGGAAGUACGCCUUUUUGGACCAGCAACGGGCCAAGGCCCCCUCUGUCUAUCAGUCGCCCUACGAUAUGCCUUCUGGACUCUCGCAGUAUGCCAAGUCAACCUAUGGGCUACUACCGGCACCCGAUGAGCCCCCCAAGGGAUCUUUGGCCAACGACUACUUUGCCAGUCUUCCACAGGCCGACCAAGAGAAGAUUCUGAAGACCUGCGGUAGUUUCGUUCAACGGGCCAUGGCGCGGUCGAACACCCAUAGCAGACAUAGCUCAACAGCUUCAAAUCUACGAUUGUCUACGGCCCUCGCACAGCAGACCGACAAUCCGACCAUCGACAUCACCAGGGUGGACGAUCCUCCACUCUCCGGGUUGGACAUGCCCCUCCGAGCCGAUUCCCCCGAAUCCAGUUUCGGUCGGUCGCACAUGCGCUUCCCUUCACCGAACGACUUCCCCGCGCACGGGCCUGAGCCACCCCCCGAUCACCAUGAUCUCUUCGGAGACCAACAAGCCAACACUCGAUUCUGGCAGAAUGGCCCCUGGGUGGCCGGGGAUGGCAACACCCCAAACGAGGAGAACCGGCCUUUCUUUGGUCCCCAUCUCUUCGGGCCUCAUGAGCGACUCAAGCACGACUAUGCAUCGUCUGAUAUCUCCCUCGGUAAAGGACCCGGCUCGCUUCACUCGGUGGAUAUGGCCGCAUUUGGCCCUGAUACCGCCGAUGAUCUUCUCAAUGGAGCACUCAGUCCUUGA